UCCUUCGCUUGAAAACAGAACUUGUCUUUCUCCCGAUGGAAAGAAUCGAUUUUGAUAUAUUACUAUAGCUCAUGAGAGCAUUCACUGUGGCUGAGCUUAUUACUAUGGCGUCAGCUGACUGUCAGCAUAUAAUUCGAUCACUUCAAAAUAUUAGGCGCCUGCCAAAACACUUACUCUCGCUCUCCAUCUCUCUUCAACAGUUCAAGUAUUGAGUAGUCUACUGUAAAUCUUCAAAUUCCACAGUCUAUUUUUCCUUCUUUCAGACAACUUUCACCCUAAUUUUUGAUACUAUAAUUAGUGUAUCAUUUAUUUAUUUUUGUAAUAAGUUUCCCUUCAGUUAUCUGCCGACCGGUAUUCAAUUUGAAUAUUGUAGGUGGAGGAAUGGCAACAUAUUCGACAUUAAUAUGCGCUCCAAUAAUGGGAAAAUCUAUGAACCAGAUGAUUCUUGAUAUAGACAAAGCUAGAGAAAUUGGAGUUGAUAUGGUUGAAAUCAGAUUGGACUAUCUAUCAAGCUUCAAUCCUUACCAAGAUAUUCAAAUUCUAAUAAAAAGUUGUACCAUGUUAACUCUUUUCACCUACAGACCCAAAUGGGAAGGAGGUGAGUACGAAGGUGAUGACAGUAUUCGGCUCGAUGCACUUAAACUUGCCAUGGAGCUGGGAGCUAAUUAUAUUGAUGUUGAGCUGAAGGUUGCACAUGAGUUUAUUAGUUCGUUAGAUGAGAAGACACGUGAAAAGUCUAAAAUUAUCGUUUCUUCUCAUAACUACCAUGCAACUCCAUCAGUGGAAGAAAUAGGCGAUCUUAUGGUAAGUAUACAAUCUACUGGUGCUGACAUAGUGAAAAUUUUCGUAAUCAGUCAAUGGUUGGGUAUUUUAAUAGGAGCUGUUAAUACCAUUGUUAGGAGACCGAGUGAUGGGAAGUUAAUUGGUUACAACACCGACUAUGUUGGUGCUAUUUCUGCCAUAGAAGAUGGGCUGAGAGGUUCAGAUCAAAAUUACCAUGGAAGUGGUUCGCCCUUAGAAGGUAAAUUAUUUGUUGUUAUUGGAGCAGGUGGUGCAGGUAAGGCCCUUGCUUAUGGUGCAAAGGCAAAGGGAGCCAAAGUUGUGAUAGCCAACCGCACUUAUGAGCGUUCCAGAGAACUAGCAGCGUUGGUCGGAGGAGAUGCAAUUACUCUUUCUCAGUUGGAAACUUUCUGCCCAGAGGAUGGGAUGAUUCUUGCAAACACGACAUCUAUAGGAAUGCAUCCGAAAAUUGAAGAAACACCAAUACCAAAGCAUGCCCUAAGUGCUUAUGCACUGGUUUUUGAUGCCGUUUACACUCCAAAAAUGACAAGACUUUUGCUGGAAGCAAAAGAAUCGGGAGCUGCAGUUGUUACUGGGGUAGAUAUGUUCAUCGUCCAGGCAUAUGAACAAUAUGAAAGGUUCACUGGUUUGCCAGCGCCUAAGGAACUCUUCAAGGAAAUCGUGUCUAAAAUGUAAUUGUUAAGGUGAUCUGGUUGUUAGGCUCUCGUUCUCGUCUACAUCCUCCUAUUGAUAUCUUGUUGUUGUAUUUGGUAAUCUCAGAAAUAAAACAAACAUUUUUCUCUAGAGUUUCUAUAGCAAAUGAGCUUAUGUUCUGUUAACACAACAUUCAGGACAUCUCCAACGUGAC